AUGUCAUCCUUAUUUUCCUUAGUUGUCCCCGGUUCUUUCCAUUCCACUAAUACCGCCGACCCAGUCGCCAUCUUCACCGCCAAGCGCAAGUACAAACUGGUUGCUCAGAAAACACGACCAGUCUUGGCCGACCUCCCCGAAAAGUUCCGAAUCAUUCGGAACAUCCUUAGUGACCCUCUCGCUGCCCUUCCGACACUAACACCGAACCCCCCACCCUUUGCGCCGACCGGCAGAUACACAGCCGAACGACGCGACCUCAUCGACAAAGUCCACUCGGAUGACUUCCUUUGGCUGGCCGAACAACAGCUCAUGCACCAUUUCAUGUGUUUACAAGAGAUGGGAUUCGCCUGGGACAAUUUGGAAUACGGACGUUUCCGCGAGGACUUCUUCCCACCAGUCAAUAUGCUGGUAGUUGAGCACAAGCCCUGGGUGCAGCGCAACAUCCCGAUUCCACCAGGCAUCUAUGACAAAGUGUGCCGACUUAUCAAACCAAGAUCGCUGCUGGAGUCUAUGAGCCAUCGAAUUCUUCCUACCAAUUGCACUGGUUUACAGUCCUCAAGAAGACAAAUAGCACCUGUUAUGAUCACGUUCUAUCGGGCCUACACGGCGGUCUAUUCCGAUACGAUCAUCACAAAUAUCACGCGGCCUCACAGGUUGAGGCGUACACCAAGGUACAGAUAUUAA